AUGGCUGGCCCAACUUUACCUCAAUUAUACACUUAUCCUUUCACUAAUUAUCAAAUUGUUUCGAUGAAAACUGUUACACCAGUUCCUUACAUUCCUCCCGAAAUCAUUCGUAUCAUCCUUAAUUUAUUAAGAGAUGAUAAGAAAACACUUGCAGCUUGUGCUUUGGUUAAUUAUACUUUUAACCUUCACGCUACUCCCAUUCUAUAUCAUACUGUCGCAUUUACAUUUCCUUAUACAUUUACACUUUUCGCUAAUGCAACGAAUAAUAUUAAGAAACGUUGUUCUCAAAUGGUUCGUCAUUUAGAUCUUUCCACCUUUUCAACUUGUGGGCUACAAAAGAGUUCUUCUACUUUUCAAAAUGUUGUUACACCAGAACUUUUAAUUCAUAUUCUAAGGUCUUUCCCUAAAUUAAAGGCUUUUUCUAUAUCAGAAUCUUUAGAAUCCGUGAUUACUCUUGAUGUUUUAAAAGUCUUAUUUUUAGAAUGUAAAAACAUUAAAAUCAUUGAUUUUUGCGGAUGUGCCAGUAAACAAUUUGGUAAUGCUUUAGAAGAAUUCUCAAGUCUAAUUGGUCGUAUCAAAAUUAAUCAAAAUAACAAUGAUAAUGCUGAGACAACAGUUACUUUUCAAAUGGAUAGCAAACCUUUAUUAUCCCAUUUACAAAGACUUUCACUUCAUGAAUGUCCAAUAAUUUCGGAACAUUUAAUUAUCAUACCUCUUCUUGCUCACGCACCGAAUCUUACACAUCUAGAUUUAGGUGGUUGUUCUAUCAGUGAUUUAACAUUAAACUUCUUAACUAGAACCAAAGCACCAACUAAAUUAUCUCAUUUACUAUUAGCUAAAUGUAAAAACAUUUCAUCUAAUGCUAUUUCAUCGUUUGUUUCUAAAUGUUCUCAAUUGGAGACUCUUAAUCUUUAUGGAGAAAGAGAUAUUACUACCGCUAUUAAAGAAUGUGAUUUAAUAACUAUACUCCAUUCACCAAACAUAAAAAAUUUCAAGACAUUAGAUAUCGGAUCUUCACAGAUAACACCAUUGAUUUUAACAGCAAUUAAAGAGAAUUGUUUAUCAUUACAAAAUCUUGGAAUUUCAAAAGCUCAAAUUACCAAUAUAAAUCUUAUUAAAGAUCUUUUAAUGACAAUACCAAAUUUACAAUAUAUUGAUCUUACAUCAAUUCCAUGUUUUAAUUUAUUAAAUACAAAUAGUAUAUUCUCUAGCAUAAUAAAAAGUAAUCAUUCGAUUCACACGAUCGAAAUGAGCCAAUUUCUACUUAAAAAACUUUGUGCAGUUGAUGGAUGGAAAGUUGAUGUAAACUAUGGCAGAAGAUGGUAUUAUUCUCGUGAGAUUCAAGGAGGAAGAAUUAGACCUGAUAGAGUGCAUGGUAGAAAAUUAGAUAUAACUGAAUAUGGUAUGAGCAAAAUUUUUCAAUAUUAUAGUUUUGAUGCAUGA